AUGGGGAAAUCAGUACCAGUACCAGGAACCGAGGGCAUCUCGAGCAUCAUCACCGCCUUCAAUGGACGACUCUUCUUCUCGGUCUCCCUCAUCGCCCUGUCGCAGUUCAACUUUGGGUAUGAUACAACCGUCUUUGGCACCACCCAGGCCAUGGCCCCGUUCACCCGCCGCUUCGGCCAUCUCAACCCCAAGACACAUAAGUACGCCAUCGAGCCCUACUUCUUAUCCUACCUCAACAGCUUCCCUUUCCUGGGCUUCGCCUUCGGCCUCGUGACCGGCAGCAUCAUCAGCCGCAAGUUCGGCCGACGCACCUGUGUAAUCGUCAUGUGCGCGUGGGCAGUAAUCGCCGCCAGCAUCGUGGUCAGCUCUCAACAUCGAGAACAGCUGCUCGCGGGCCGUGUGCUGGCCUACAUCUACAUUGGCAUGGAACUCGCCGUGGUUCCUGUCUACCAAUCCGAGCUGGUGCCCGCGCGCGUCCGCGGCUUCGUCGUCGGUACUUAUCAGUCGGGCCUCCUCAUUGGUGGCCUCAUCGCCUCGGUCAUCUGCCGCGGGACGAGCGACAUCAAAGACGACGCAUCGUGGCGGAUUCCCAUGGGCUUGUUCUUUGUCGUCCCUACCAUCGUUGGUACACUGGCCUGGUUCAUUCCGGAGUCUCCGCGCUGGUACUUAUCCCAUGGCCGGUCUGAUGAGGCCCUCGUCUCUCUGCGAAAGCUCCGGCGAGGCCGAUUCUCGGAGGAGGAAAUCCUGCAUGAAUUCGCCGACCUACAAACCAUUUCGAGCCUGCCCCAUGAAAAGGCCUGGUUCAUUGAGAUGUUCCAGGGCACCAAUCUGCGCCGCACAUUGAUCGCCGUCGGCACCAGCAGCUUCCUACAGCUGACGGGCCAGAACUUCGUCUCGGCCUAUGGCACGAUCUACGUCCAGAGCCUGCACACCAUCAACCCGUUUACGUUUGGCAUCGUCAGCUCCGUCAUCUCCAUCGUAACGGUGUUUUUGACCCAGUAUCUCUCAGACCGAGCUGGUCGAAGGCCUCUGAUGAUCGCCGGCUCGCUGGUGCAGAUGGGGAGUCUGUUCGCCAUGGGCGGACUCGGCAUCGACAAGGUUCCAUCGUAUUCGGCGCGACAGGGUAUCACCGCCAUGGUCGCCAUCUUUGGCGCCGGGUUCUGUCUCGGCUGGGCGCCGUUGUCUCACCUCAUCACCGCCGAGGUACCGAGCUCACGGUUGCGAGAUCAGACCUACGCCCUAGCCAGCGUCUUCAACGUCGCCAUCCAGUUUGCUGUUUCCUUCAGCAUUCCUUAUUUGUUAUACGCCCCCUACGCCAACCUUGGAUCCAAGGUGGGCUUCAUCUUCGGCUCCAUCGCCACUUGUGCGUUGAUAUUUUCCUACCUGUGCAUCCCGGAACUCAAAAACCGCACCCUCGAGGAGGUGGACUGGCUGUUUGUCCAAGGCACCCCGAUCCGGAAAUUCGGCACGGCCAAGGCCGAUAUUCCUCCCGUCGACGACGUCCUCAGCGCGGGGUCGCUCAAGACUGUGUUGGACGCGCCGAGUAAGGUGUGA